AUGGCAGAUGCUUCCAAAUGUAGCUCCUCAGAGUCAGAUCCCUCCAUCCUACCUUCAUUGAGUGAUCUCUCACUCACUGAGGAAGAUGAAUUAAGGUCUAAAAUUGAGGAAAUUACUUUUCAAGUUUUGUCUCAGACACCCUGGGUCCAAAGACUCCGUUCCACAUUUUGUGUCUCUAUACCAGAUGAAGACAAUGAUUUUGUUUCCCUAACCUUUCCCAGAAAACUUUGGAAAAUAGUGGAAAGUGACAAAUUCAAGUCUAUUUGGUGGAGUGAGGAUGGAACUUCUAUUGUGAUUAAGGAAGAUCUCUUUAAGGAAGAAAUUUUGGGAAGAAAGUAUCCUUUCAAAAUUUUUGAAACUAAAAGUAUGAAAAGUCUAGUUCGACAACUGAAUCUUUACGGGUUCAGUAAAAUUCAGCACCGAUUUCAACGAUCUGCAUCUCUGGUUGACUUUCUUGCUGAAGAAAAAGAAGCCUCUGCUUUAAGCAAGUUGCUGUGCUAUCAUAAUCCAAAUUUUAAACAAGGAUGUCCCCAACUGUUAGCAAGAAUGAAAAGAAGAGUCAGGAUUAAAAAUGUCUCUCCAGCAGCUGAUUCAUUGGUUCCACUUCUGGAUAACAAACAACACCUUGAAGCACAGGGUAAUGUGAACAAUCUUAAUUCUCAUUUAGUUGCUGAAACCAGUGGAGAAAAUAUUCUUUCAACAUCAGGGAAAUUAUUUAUGUCUCCAGUAAAGCAGCCUUCUAGCAGACAUAUGAUUGCAAGUUCAACUUACCUAGUCAGAAAUGACUUUUCUCUUACAUCGUCAUCCAUUCAACCAUCAGAACAAAUUACAACACAUCAACAUGACAUUCUAAAUCAUGUGGCCACUUUUCAUGUGCUGUCAAACAACAGCUACACACAGGCUAAUGGCCACAUUGUAAAUUUUAUUCCAACUUCUACUUGUCAAUACCGGAUCAUACCUCCCUUACAAAAUAGCAGUCCUGGACUGAUGGUGGAACCUUCUGCUAUCCCAACUCGAUAUUCUCAUGUAUUAGCCAAUGAUGCUCCUGAAUCGAGCCUGCUACUGCCAGCACAUAAUCAUUGCCUCCCCAUUCCCACCAUUCCCAAUAAAUCUACUGCACCGUUUUCAAGCUCAACUCAUCAAACAUCAUCCGUAUACCAGCAUCAUCCUAAGAGUAAUCUACCAAUGGAGUACUAG